AAACGGCACAGUUGACGGGUUUUGGUGAGCGCAAAAUAAAUAAUUCUGGUUUCAGAAAUAAAAAUAAACUUGGAGUAGAAACGCCUUAAAUCGUUUAAUAAUAAAUUAAAUGUUCAUAAUAAAUUGAAGUUGUAGCGUGCAAAAUUGUGAUUCAACUGAUGUGCAAUUAAGCGAAGAAAUAGUUACGAAACAAAGCGAAUAUAAGAAAGUGUAAGAAAAGAAAAAUAGGAAUGAAAAUUAGAUUGAAAAUAUGGUGGUAACCGGAGAAAAUCCAAAUAAGUUAAUUGAAUUCGAAUAUACGAGUUCUCUGUUGCACAACAGAGUAAACUAAACGAAAAAUAGCUUAAGGAUAAAAAACAAAAACGUGUGGAAAAUAUCGAGAAGUAUUUCCGAAAAAUUUUGAAAUAAAGCAAUAUUCAAAUAACGGUUCACCAACACAAAUGGUUUAGAAAGUAUACCAAAUAUUUUUUAACAUUAUUUUUGAGAUUACACAUGGUUUUUCAGGAAAUUGGCUGAAUAAUCAUGAGUCGUCCUUCACAGCAACGCACAAUGCAGCAGCCAAAGGCGCCGAAGCAACACCUUACAGAGCAGGAGGCCAUCGCCGCCUCCGAGCUCUUCGAUCUCUUUUGUGUCGCAACGACAAUGCGACAGAUUUUAGGUUUACAUCGUGACAUGUGCGACAUACUCGGCUUGCGGUCAGCCCCGAUCAACGAAUUCUAUCCCAUGUUGAAAGCGAAAAUUCGUUCGUGGAAAGCGCAGGCGCUAUGGAAAAAAUUCGAUGCACGAGCGGCUCAUCGUGUAUAUGCGAAAGGAACAGCGUGCAAUGGUACGCAUGUGCUAGUCAUUGGCGCAGGUCCAUGUGGUCUGCGCACCGCCAUUGAGGCGCAAUUAUUGGGUGCUAAAGUUGUUGUGCUGGAGAAGCGCGAUCGGAUCACACGUAACAAUGUGUUGCACUUAUGGCCAUUCGUGAUCACCGAUCUACGUAAUUUGGGCGCAAAGAAGUUCUAUGGAAAAUUUUGUGCUGGUUCUAUAGAUCACAUAUCUAUUAGACAGUUGCAAAUAAUUUUAAUGAAGGUGGCGCUGCUAUUGGGUGUCGAAAUACACGAGAAUGUGUCCUUUGAGCGGACAAUUGAGCCGAGCGAUGAUGGAUUUGGUUGGCGUGCGGCUGUAACGCCAGCGGAUCAUGUAGUUUCAUACUAUGAAUUCGAUGUUUUAAUCGGAGCCGAUGGUAAACGCAACACACUAGAAGGCUUUAAACGAAAAGAGUUUCGUGGAAAACUUGCUAUUGCAAUUACGGCCAAUUUUAUAAAUAAGAAAACCGAGGCGGAGGCUAAAGCGGAGGAGAUAAGUGGUGUGGCUUUUAUAUUUAAUCAGUCAUUCUUCAAGGAGCUUUACGAGAAAACGGGUAUAGAUUUGGAGAAUAUCGUAUACUACAAGGACGAAACACAUUACUUUGUUAUGACUGCGAAGAAGCACAGCCUCAUCGACAAGGGUGUGAUUUUACAGGAUUUCUCCGAUCCUGCGGAAUUGCUCGCGCCAGCCAACGUUAGCGCCGACAAGCUGCUCGAUUAUGCACGUGAAGCGGCCGAAUUCUCCACAAAGUACCAAAUGCCAAAUCUUGAGUUCGCUGUUAAUCACUAUGGCAAACCGGACGUGGCCAUGUUUGAUUUCACAUCCAUGUUCGCCGCUGAGGCGUCAUGCCGUGUGAUUGUGCGCCACGGUUAUCGUUUGUUACAGUGUUUAGUGGGUGAUAGCUUGCUGGAGCCUUUCUGGCCCACUGGAUCAGGUUGUGCUCGCGGCUUUCUCUCUAGCAUGGAUGCUGCAUAUGCAACCAAAUUGUGGUCGAAUACACGUAAUAGUAUUCUGGGUGUUGUGGCGCAACGUGAAAGUAUUUAUAGGCUCCUCAACCAGACCACGCCUGAAAAUUUGCAGCGUGACACAGGCUCCUAUACUGUUGACCCAGCCUCAAGAUAUCCAAAUCUAAAUCGCACCGCUGUGAACCCGUUUCAGGUGAAAACCCUCGUGGACUCGGAUGAUCCGAAGAUAUUGGAGCAACCGAUUGCCGAAAUUGUCACAACACCAGCGUUGGCUGAGGCGUCAACGGUGUUGCGUAAGCCGCGUCGUAGUGCAGACAUUGUGCCUGAAGCUUUAUUACAUUGGGUUUGUACACAACUACACUUGUACGAUUUUGUUAAGGACAUAAAGGAGCCUGCCGACAUACUUAAGAAUGGAAAAUCACUCUGCGCCUUAAUUAGCCGUUUUCGGCCGGAUUUAAUUGACUAUGCAGCAACACGCGACUUAACCUCUGCUGAACGUAACGAAUUAGCGUUCAGGAUAUUGGAAGCCGAGUAUCAAAUACCACGUAUUAUGACCGGCGAGAGGUCUAUGGAUUUAGAGAAGGUAGAUACGCGACUGUGGUUGCAUUAUUUAAAUCAAGUCCGCGAGGUGUUCCGAGGUGAAGUGCCGUAUCUAAAGCAUCCCAAAAUGGACAUCACAGAAUUGCGCGAAAAGUAUCGUCUCAACAACGCGCAUGCGCAGCCAGACUUUUCGAAAUUGUUGCAACUCUCAACCAAGCCAAAAUACCCGAAAGCCAAGAGUCCCAUCGAAGAUAUGGUCGAUGUGCCGCAAGUGGUGCAACGUCGUUCGGUAUUGGACGAGGAGCGUGUGAAACGUAUACGCAGGCAUGAGCCAGGCGCCGGCGGUCAGACCGCUGCGGGCAACUCACCACUACAAGGUCAAACUGAUACACCACGUCGUGCCAAAAAGAGGAGAAACGCCGAGAAGGCUGCAAAUAUUGAGGAACGUCAGAAGCGACUACAAGAAAUCGAAGAAAAUCGCCAGGACCGUCUAAGCAAACGUCGACAACAACGGUAUCAACAGACGCAGAAUUUUUACAAAAGCUUGCAAAUGUUGCAAGCCAACACGUUGCUGCGCGAAACCGAUGAUCCGACAGCAUUUGAGGACUACUCGCUGUUCGUAUAUCGCCAACAAGCACCGGAAUUCAACGAUCGCGUAAAGGAUUUGGAGCGCAAAUUGCUGUUUCCUGAUCGCAAUCGGGGCGAUAUACCUUCAUCUAUGCCAAGGAAUAAUCCCGAUGAACAGUUUACCGAUCGUAUCAAAUCCAUGGAGCAACGUAUAAGUUCGAAAAACGCUUAUGGCACCGAUAAGAAACCCAAGGACUUGAUGCGUGCCAUCGGCAAGAUCGACAGCAACGAUUGGAAUGUGCGCGAAAUCGAAAAGAAAAUCGAGCAAUCGAAGAGAACAGAAAUACACGGCCCUAAAGGACGUGAGAAAGUGCCGAAAUGGAGUAAAGAGCAAUUUUUGGCUAGACAAAACAAAAUGGCGAAACCGACACGCCAAGAAUCAGUGGAGGAGAAAUUCAAAGAAAUCGAUCAAACGUUGAAAAAUUUGGAUAAACAAUUGAAGGAGGGCUCAAUACUUGAAGUCGGGGAACGUGGCCGCAAUAAGGUUGCAUCGAUUGCUGGGCAAUUCGUGAAGAAAGAUGAUAAACCAAGCGACGAAAAGAAUCCUACCCCCACCACUGGCAAUGUAGUGCCGAAAUCAAGCGCUAAGGUUGCAUUAGCCUUCAAGAAACAAGCGGCUUCCGAAAAAUGCCACUUCUGCAAGCAAAUCGUUUACUUAAUGGAAAAAAUCACCGCUGAAGAUCUUGUAUUUCAUCGUUCGUGUCUAAAGUGUCAUCAUUGUCACACAAACUUACGUCUGGGUGGCUAUGCGUUCGAUCGUGAUGAUCCGAAUGGACGCUUCUACUGCACACAACACUACAGGCUACCUGCGAAGGCUAUUCGGCCUGUAUUGCGGAAGCCAGGACAAAGGAAACCAACGCAGCAACAACAAGCCGCCGCAGCAGUAGUUGCAGCUUCAGAUGUUGCUGUUACAGCGGAUGCUGCAAGUGUUGUCGUGUCUCCUGUGGAUAUGCUCAAAACACCCGAUAAGUUGCGCGGUCCCGCCGACAGCGUUGUACAACUUGAUUUGUUGGAUCGUGGUCAAACACCAGAGCGUAUCGAAUUCGAAAAUACCGAUGCCAUGUCUGAUGGCGAGCCUUCAGAGGAGCAUAUACUCGACGAGCAUGAAUGGUCAGGUCGGAAUUUCUUACCUGAAUCGAAUCAAGAUUCUGAGUCGGAUCUAUCUAGUUCCGAUGACUCCGACACUGAAUCGGAUGCUGAUAUGUUCGAAGAGGCAAAUGACUCACCUUUGGGGGCACAAACUUUGCAGUUGGCCACCGACUGGAUUGGCAAGCAACAUUACUCCGAUAGUGAUGAUUCAGAUGACUUUUACGAUUCGAGUGAAGGCAUUGCGGAUGAUGAUGGUAAAGACGAUACGGAAGGGGAGGAUUUCAAGAAGGCUCGUGAACUGCGUAGAGAAGAAGUGCGCCUACUGCCACUGCCCGCUAAUUUGCCCACUGAUACCGAGACUGAGGUUCAAAGCGAAUCAGAGUCUUCUUCUCCCGAGGAGGUUGAGCUCAAUUCCGCCACGGAAAUAUCUACUGAUUCGGAAUUCGACCAUGAUGAAUUAACUCGUGAUACCCCAAAGAUUUUCAUUGACGACACUCACCUUAGGAAGCCAACGAAAGUUCAAGUAAAAUCUACCGUUAUUGCAUCGACCGCCGGCCAACGACACCACGUACCAUCUACCAAUAAUACGCACAAUUUAAGAGGCAGUUAUCUGCAGAAGUAUCAAGUAAAUCCACCACAACCCCAAUUCAAGCCUCUUGUUCAAGUUGAUCCCACACUCUUAACGAAAACCCGCGCGCCCUUACAAAAUCCGCGUCCAGGCGAUUAUCUUCUGAAUAAAACGGCCAGUACCGAGGGUAUCGCUUCGAAGAAAAGUUUAGAACUUAAAAAACGUUAUCUACUUGGUGAACAGGGCAACGGCAAUAAGAUCCAAAAAUCCGGUUCUACUUCUGUACUCGACUCUCGCAUACGCAGUUUCCAAUCGAAUAUAUCCGAAUGUCAGAAGUUGCUGAAUCCUGGUAGCGGCAUCUCUCCUAGCAUGAAGACUUUUUUGGACCGUACGAAAUUGGGCGAAAACGCAAACAACGAUUUGAUGCGCUCAGCUACCACAAAUAUAUUGAACGAUCUAAAGGUUGAGAUUACCAUACAGAAAGCUUCAUCCACUGCCUCGACAGACAAUGAGAAGGAGAACGUUUUUGUAAAUAGCAAAAAUGAGCUUAAUAAAGGCAUGGAAUAUUCAGAAACUGUUAACGCAGUUGUACUUGAAGCCGCAAACAAAAAAUCGCCUUCAACGCCAACUAACAAUCACACAAUAAUGGGCACAAUAGAUUUAGUUUCGCCGGAUAAAGAAAAGCCUGUGCCAAUCAUAGAUUUAACCAAUGUAGACACACCAACGAGAACAUCGGAAUCGAAUAUCGAUUUCAUCCAGAAUAUAAGAGUUGAUAAUGAUGAGAUGAAAUUUAACUCGCCUGAAAACAAUGAUGCACUACUCACUGCCGAUAGUAAUAAGAUUAUAGAUCUUACCUGCGAAUCACCAGUGAAAAGCGAUAAAACUAUUAUAGAAGAGUUGAAGCCGGAUGUUUCGAAGGAUGUAAAGGAGAGUAUACCUGAUAUAUUGGGGCAUAUUGGUCAGGAAGUCAAACCGGACCGUAAGGUGUCAACAUUGCACCAAACAGAAGAUCAACAACACCUCUUAAGUCACUCUUGCGAUGAGGAGAAAAUGGAUUCACCCGAAAAAUUGGAAGAACAAUUCGAGAAUGAUACAUUGCAAAUACAAGUGCCGAAUAUACCGUGGAGUACACGUAAGACAAACACUAUGUCAUCAACAACGGGUUCUAGUUGCACAUCAAGCUCAUCAAGCAUUGAAGAUAUACAACACUAUAUACUGGAAUCAACGACUAGUCCGGAUACGCAAACCGGUGGCAUGGCAAUUGGUCAUCAAGUGCCACGCGUAGAAAUACAUGACACCUCGGGAACGCUUAUGCAAAUCGAUAGUCUAAUGAUAAUUGAUGGCAAAUAUAUUGGCGAUCCAGAUGAUUUGAAAUACAUGGAAAUACCUGAAGGUGUACUUGUGCCAGAAACGCCUACAGUUAAGACAACGGAGAUUGAGGAUGAGAACGAAGCUGAUAUGGAGCCAGUUACGGCCACACCAGAGCCAGUUGAAUGCACAGUGAUCGAGACCAAUAAAAAUAGGCUUGAUGUAGACGAAGAAUCCGAGCAGACGACGGAGGUAGAGGAAUUAAUACCGCCAUUACCUGAGCGUGGACCGCCGAUUCCUGAGCGUGGACCGCCAAACAUGAAAACAGUCAACCUCAAAUUCGAUACCAAAAAUGAUAAUAAAGUAGAAAGCCUUAAAAAUCUGCCUCUAAUUGUCGACCAAAUUGUGGAGCAUACAAAAGCUGUUAAGCCAAUUACAUUAAAUUUGAAUAGCGCUCAAAUAUCACCAAACACACCCACAACACCAACUGCCGCUAAAGCGAUUGCUAUUUUGCCUCGCACACCAACAUCGCCGCUAGUGGAUAGUGAUAUAACACCCACGGGUGAUUUGAUGUCACGUGGUUCCGAUUCAGAAACCGAACUCACUGGCACUGGCCAAGUUCUGACCGAAACGGAGCUGUCCGAUUGGACGGCAGACGAUUGCAUUUCCGAGAAUUUUGUCGAUAUGGAAUUCGUGCUAAACUCUAACAAGGGUACUAUUAAACGCAAUAAAAAGGAGAAAAAGCGGAUGUCAGUUGCUUCGAAAUUGCCCAGCACAAUUGAAAUGCUCGGAGAGAUAACUAAAACAGCGCCAGUUGCUGAAUUCGAGGGCAUACUGAAGUCGAUUGACAUUGAUGAUAUCGAAUUCAUGGAUACCGGAUCGGAGGGCUCAUGUGCGGAAGCGUAUUCUGCUACCAAUGCAGCGCUGUUGCAUAACUGUGGAUACAUGGAGUUUAUUGAAGCGACGACGCCAAAGCCAAUACCCACGCACAAAACGAAUCCAUCCAUCUACACAAAUAGUAGCCAAAAGCCUUUGGCGACCAAACGCGAUGAGAAACUUGGUAUAGAUUACAUUGAACAGGGUGCAUGUGUCUUGCAAAGUAGCAACCACGACCAUGAUCUGCUUAAGACUCCUGUGAACGAGGAUCCAAAUUUAGUCGCUUCAUUGUCGGAAAAAUCGCAAGCUACUGGUCCGCCAUCACUUAUGACUCAAUCGCUCACCGAUUCAAGCACCUUGAACGAUUUAGAGGACGAUAGCCUCUUUUCAGCAACACCAAAUUCACAAAUUCAGCUUUCGAAUGCCAACACGGCUAAAACUACAACAGAAGAGAGUGAAGCACUGACCGUUGUCACCAGUCCGCUGGAUUCUUCAUCACCAAAGGCGCUAGAUGUGCACAACAGUUCUUAUAUUGGAAGCAAAAUUGCUAUAUUGACGGCUGGUUCUACGCCCAGCAGCUCUGAUAAGAAUCCAAAAACCUCGCAGUCAACGUGCACUACAGCGAGUACUUCUACUGCCUCAUCGAGCAAAGCCACACCUCCGAAUUGCUUGUCACAAGAAAUUCCUGCUCCGUCACUAUUGUUGGGUACCAACACUUCAGCGGUAGGAACCGCAGCACCAACAUCAGCAACUGCGCCCAAGGCGGCACCGCGCAAACCCUCAAAUGAACUAUCGUAUGAGGAGUGCGUACGUGCGUUACAACAGAAGAUUACACAAAUCAGCACUGGUCGUGAUUCAGAUGUACGCAAACAAAAGCGAAAGAGCUCCAAGGGUGAAAUGCCUGUCGGCAAUGUACAAACUGUGAUAGAACCAACACCAUCCAAGCUGCAACUCACCGAAUCGGAGAACACAACUGCAAAUGCAACUGUAACCACAACUGCAACUGCCAGUCCUUCCACAGCGGCUGCACAAAUCCACAAGGUACCUGAAAUUCCUACAUUAACCCGCAAACUAGAAGAGAUCACUAAGGAGCGCACCAAACAGAAGGACCUGAUACAUGACUUGGUCAUGGACAAACUACAAUCGAAGAAGCAAUUGAAUGCCGAAAAGCGUUUGCACCGCAGUCGUCAGCGCACGAUGCUUACAAGUGGUUACGCAAGCGGUUCUAGUCUAAGUCCUACACCGAAACUGGCGGCGGCAACAACGACCAGUGAUACCAAUUGUACCAGCCGUGCACACUAUCACGAAUCUACAGCAGCAACGCCGACUACAGUAAAUGCCACAGAAGAGAGUGUAGCUACUGUGAAUUUAAGAGAAAGCAUCCCGCUGCAAAAGUCUUCGACAUAUGUAUCUGCUUACGGUAUGACAGGCAAUUCCCCGACGCGCAUUAUUGCCUAUCAGCAACGACCAUUUAGCGAACACUUGGACGCUGAACAGUUGGACGCCUUCGAAAGGUAUAAACUGACUAAGACUCCUUCGUUUUCAUAUGUGCUACCCACCCAAUCAAACAAGUCAACACUGAAGGAUGAAAAUGUGUAUAAAUUUGCAGCACCAAUAGCACCGGGGCGUCACAAUCGCACUCAAAAACCUGUGAUAGCCACACAAAGUGUUGACAGCUCAUUUUCGGUAUCGACAGAAAAUUUACGCUCCGAAGCACGUGCACGUGCACGUCUCAAAUCGAACACUGAGCUCGGUCUUAGUCCAGAGGAGAAAAUGCAAUUACUUCGCCAACGACUGCAUCUCGAACAUAUAGAUGCGAAAAAUAGCGUUACUACGCCUUUGCAGUCUCAACCGCCGAGUAAAUCGCCAAAAGAAAUGGAGCAGAACUUACGCGAUCGCCGACUAAGCGCAUCGAAGAGUGUCAACGAUUUAGUAUACAUGGCAAGCAAACCGACUGAACUGUGUACCGAUGUAAAUUCUAACACUAAGUCAGCGACGGGUGUGACUGCCGACUUCACAUCCGACCCCAAUUUACUGCUCUCUUCAACAUCCAUACCAUCCAGCAGUGGCAGCGCCAGCGCUAGCAAUAAAGCGGCAAAAGGCAAAUCUAGUCGUAGACAGAAAGAUCCGGAACGUCGUAAAAGCCUAAUACAAUCAUUGUCCAGCUUCUUUCAUAAGGAGAAGAAGGACACUGGUGGCAACAAUGGUGGUGGUAGCGCAACUAGUGUACUUGGCUCUGCUCAGUCAGAACGUCCGGGAACUAGUGGCAACAAUAGCACAGCAGCUUCGGGUGGCGCUGAUAUGGGUGUAUUUAGUCGCUUCCGUAUAUCUCCGAAAACUAAGGAGAAAUCCAAGUCAUGCUUCGAUGUCAGGACUAUCGGGUUUGGUGACAAGGAUGGCUAUCUCUAUGAAGCCCAGCUACACAACAACGCGAUUACAUCAAACACGAGCUCAUCAAAUACCAAUAUACAUUUGAACACUACACCAACAAAGAGCAGCAACAAAAAGUCAUCAACUGCAGCGCUCUCAUCAUCCAGUCCACAAUUGUUUAUCCACAACAGGCCGAGUUAUGUGGCGAGCCAUGACUUCGAUGAAUCCGCACCACCGCCCAUUCCGCCUUUGCCACUCAAUUACCAGAGAUCCGAUGAUGAGAGAGAUGAGAGUAACGCUACCGAGACGCGUGAGCAGAAGCGGCAGCGUGCCAUAUCGAAGGCUGUUCGACAAGCUGAGCUCAAGCGACUAAGAAUCGCUCAGGAGAUUCAGCGUGAGCAAGAAGAGAUCGAAGUACAAUUGAGGGAGUUGGAGGCGCGUGGCGUACGCAUUGAGAAAGCUUUGCGCGGCGAGAGUGAGCAACAUGCCAGCAAUUUUGAAACACAUACCAAUAUUGGCAGCAAUGAUGAAAAACUACUGAAAGAGCUGCUGGAAAUUUGGCGCAAUAUCAAACAACUUAAAAAGCGUGAUGAAGAACUGGGCAUACGGCAACAGGAACUACAAUUAGAGCAUCGGCAUGCGCAGUUGAAAGAAGAGCUUAACUUGAGAUUAUCUUGCAAUAAAUUAGAUAAGAGCUCCGCCGAUGUGGCAGCAGAGGGUGCAAUACUCAAUGAGAUGUUGGAAAUUGUUGCUAAACGUGCCGCUUUGCGCCCAACUAGCUCUGGUGCCGAACUUUUAACAGCUGCAGACUUAAUGGCGUCAGCGACGGCAGUGUCCGAGGAUGGUAUUAAUUUGAUGGGUAGUGUUGGUGGUGCGCGUGGACCAACAACGCACAUCAACAAUGAAUCAAAUAUUUGAAACAUACGCUUUCAAUGGAGUCUAUUCGCCUCUGAACUUUUUUAUGCAAUUUUAAAUCUAAACAAUUAACACGUUUUAAACAUUUAACCAAAAAACCGAAAAACCAGGCACUUGGGAGAUAUAGUCAAUCUAUUUUGUGCUUUAACAUUUAUUCUUGAUCAAUCUUCUGGCUAAGGACUACAUAUAUUGAGAUAAUCGUAAUGAGCAAAAAACGUUGGAGUCGCAUCAAAUAGCAAUUAUAUAUUAUAAAAUACUAAAUAACUAUACUAGCAGCUAGAUAUAGUCAAUAUUAAUUAAAUAAUUGUAUUUAAAAUUACUAAACCCGAAACGUAAGCAAACAAACAGAAACUAAGAAACAAAAAACUUAUCCGAACUAAGAAAUUUCAACUCGUCAAUACUGGCCUUCAACAAAAUAUACGAAAUCAAUUAUAAAAUGCAUAAACUAAACACAAACACACAAACAAAGGUAGCUGCAGUAAAAAAAAAUAAAGAAAAAAAAUAUUGCUAAAAUUUCAAAGCAAAACUAGGUACAUAAAUAUAUUACAAAAACCAAAAACAAAAACAUUUUAAUGCAGGCCAAUCAAACGUAUAGGCAAGAGAAUUUUACAUACAAUUUGUGUGCACAAUCGAUACUUCGAUACACAUAAGUAUGUACAUAUGUACACCAGUACGCCCAUGCAAAUAUUUUAUUUGUAAAGUUUCAUAAAAAUGCAUAGAAUAGAAUGUGCAUAGCAUACAUUUUGCACACAUGUAUGUAUGUAUAUAUGGUAUAUACAUAUAUAAUCGUCCUUGUAACCAAACACCGAACUAAUCGGCCAAGCCUCUCCUGCUCAUUUAUUUUUAAUACACUUUCUGUAUGUAUUAAUGAUGAUAUUUAUAUAGUUGAGAAUUGUUCGUUCUGAGCAUGUAUGUGUGCAGAACUCUUUUUUUUAUUUUAGUAAGCUUUAUUUCCUUAUGCUCCGAAAUUCCACAACCAAAGCACUCUGUCGUGUGCUGGUUUGAGUUGAGGCACAGUACAAAAUUUGAGCUGUACUCGUCACAAUUAUCAUAAUUGUAUUUUAGUUUGUGUUUGUUUUUUCAGAAUAAUAUGAAAAUAUCCGAUUUGUAAUCACAUUUUAUUUUUGCAACUCGGUAUAUAAAAGAAAAACUCAAAUGUAAUAUAUUUUAUGCGCAAUAUCCCAUAUUUCCUCACACUGCUGUUCGUACAUACACAUUUUUGCAUGCAUGUGUUUGUUUUUUUUUUUCUUGUAUUAUUACUUUGUUAAAUAACUUUUUUUUUAACAUGAAUUAAUUUUAUGUAAUUGGUUAGUGUAAUUUGUCUGUGCAUGUGUGGUUGCCAUUGAGUUGAGAAUUUCACACUCACACCGCCCAUGCACGUUCGAAAACAGUGCAGGCAACACAAAUUCAGCGUAAUCAGCACACAUGAAUGUGAAUGUAUUUUAUAUGGUAUCAGCUAUAAUUAUAAAUAUUAUUGUAAUUACUUUAUUUAUACGCUACAAUAUGCAUUCAUACAUAUAUACUAAAUGUAUAUCGAAUUUACAAAGCAAGUAAAAAUGGAAAACAAAUAUUUACCUACAUUUAUUUUAUUAAAGUAAAGAUCUUUGAUGAUGAGUUAAUUUUAAUAAAGUGAAAUUUCGUUUAA